GAUAUAACCUACUUGGUGGUAUACCACGCCCAUAGUGGCCACAGCACCCGAAUCCCAAAGCCAGUGCGAUACCACUCCUUGGCCGAGUUUAAGGCGUUUUUGCAACAAUCCUUCGACAUCGACAACACCGACAAUUUGUUCUUGUUGACGUCGUUCGGCAUCAAGCUCAACUACAAUCUCAUCAACGAAUUGGCCGAUGUGUUCAUCUACGACAAACGCCUCUUUGCCAAUGAUCUCCAACUCCACCAUCCCGGAGACGGGGGCGAAGCCGGGAUCACCGCCCCCAGAAUGCCUGCCAUAGACGACGACGGAGCUACCAGCAUCUCGGUCAAGAAGAUGUCUUCGAACCUCAAGGUGGUCCAGGCGUGGGCCAAGGCCCUCUUGCAAGACUGUCUUGCUGCCGAAGAGGAGGCCCGCAUAUUGACCAAGAGGAUUAAUGUCAUGUUCCGAGCCCUCAACUUGAUUUUCCAGUUCGGCACCAACUUCACCAACGACAUCGAGAAAACCUUCAACAAUUACCUCAACCACAUCAAACUUAUCAACUACAAAUCAUUGCACCAGAACUGGAACGAACAUUACGAUAAAUUGAAAAAGUUUCCCGUGGUACAAAUCAAGCACCAUUCCGUCAGUUUGCCAUCGCUUUUGGAUGAACGGCGCUUGAGGACUUCCUCCGAGUAUAUUGAGAGUAAUCUUCCCAAAGUGAUAUUGAAGUUCAACUCCAUGAGCAGUAUCAUCAACUCGGUCAAUCAGGACAAAAUUGGCAUCGACAAAAGCAUAGAGGCUUCUAGAAAUGAGUCUGUCAACACAUUCAAGCAUAUAAACCCACAAUCACAUUUGGAUGCAAUCCAAAAGCUCUGCAAUCAACUAUCCACUGACCUCGAGGACCUUGCAUUAAACAAUAUCGCCAACCUUAAGUCAAUCUACUACUUACAUGUACGUGAAAACACAAAGGAAAUAUAUGAUAAUGCAAGCAGAUUGGUCGCCCACUUGACUAACUUGCAACAAUUCCGGAACAAGCUAUCGCAGGAUAGUUUGAGUAUUUUCAACAGAAUCGCCAAUCUUCAGAUGCGAAUGGUUAAUAUCAAGACCGAUUUAAAAACACUUACAAGUCCAUCCGAGACCAAGGAAUCAAUGUCAUUCCAAACAAUCAACACAAUAAGAGAACUUGAGGAUUAUUUAUCACUAACUAUUGAUCUUCCCCUACUAUUCGGAUUCAUGUUAAUUGAAAAGAGAAGACAGUUCGAGUGGUACGAUUUUUAUUCCAAAGGAAUAGUAAGUAAUGUUUCAGAACAACUUUCCACAAUUAUUGAGCAUGAAAAACUAUUCAGAAACAUAUGGUUAAAAAAGAUUGGAAACUUCUUAAACUUACUAAAAGAUGAACGCAUAGUUUCCACAUUACCAAGUAUUGAUGUUACUUUAGUUGGAAAUAAGAAUGAGAAUUUCAGUGUGUUGUACGACAUCGAAAUAGAGAGAUCAGAUAUUGAAAGCUAUUUGGAUACCUUGGAAGCCUCUUCUGCUCCAAAGAACUUUGGAGAAUUAUUGCGAAAGAAUUUCAAGGAUUUGAUCAAAUCAACAAAUAAUUUGAAGAAAGUUACGGCUCUAAUUAGCUCAUUGAGUACAUACACUUCUAUUUCAAAUGAAGAAAAACUGAAGAUCAUACAGAAAGGCGAUGGAGAGGAACCAGAUGUUGAUUUUGGGCUUGUCAAAGAACUUAAACUCCGUAUCAAAAAAUUGGAGAAUUUAUUACAUCAGCAGCAAUACAAGAAUAUCACAAACUGGCCAGUUACCAGGAAUAAUUUGUCCAGCACAGACAAUCGAAUUAGUUUGAUAUUGGAUCCUAAGAAGCCCGUGGUUCCCACACCACCUAAGACAGACCCCACCCUGUUGCUUCAAAGAAGAAACACAACAGGAGAUUCCCUAGGUCAAUCUAGGGCAUUGGAUACUUCAGGCAUAGACAAGCAUUUAGACAACAUUAGACUCCGAAAGGAGAAUGGAGAGUUGGAUCGAGAAAUUAAGAGAGUUGGGGAGGAAAACAAACGAAUUUCUCGAGAGAAUGAACGGAUACUCGUUGAAAACAAGCGGGUAUCUUCUAUGGAAAGCAGCCACCAAGAUAAAAUCAGAGAAUACGAAGACAAGCUCAAGAAGAAAGAAGAAGAGAUCACUGCCAAAAAAUUCGACACAAGGUUGGAAAGUAAGAAUUUGGAAAGUUUGAACAAGAAACUCGAGUCCAGAGAUACGAAGAUUAUGGAACUACAGAAUCAUCUUGCAAAGUUUACUGAGCUUCAUACCAAUUCUUCUUAUGAGAUUAACGAGCUUAAUAAGAACCUUAAUCAAUUGAGGUCUGAGCUAAAGGAUUCGGUUGACAUGAAGAAUGAUUUAUUGUCAAACUUAUCUUCCAAAGAAACUGAGUUUACAAAAGAACGAAAUAACUUUGAGAGCGAGAUAAAAAACCUUCAGUCUAAGCUCGAAGAAAAGAUAGAGGAUUAUGAGAAUUUGAUGGAACUUACUCAGACCAAGCAUAAAGUAAACGAGAAUUUGAUCAAUGAUCUUAAUAAGUUAGUUGCAAACUUAUUCAAGAAUGUUCACCAGUUGGUUGAAAACAAUUUCGAGUUUUUCCUCGAAUUUUGCUUUAUGCUUGAAUCGAUGGGAUUACUAUUGGUUAAAGAGAAUCAAGAAUACAAGAUCACUAGAGUCAAGGGAUUGAGAUCCAAAAAGGGCGGAGAAGACAAUGAAUCUCGAAUUUUAAACUCAGAUAAACCUAAUUCAAAGGUUAUUGAGGAAAUUGAGAAGAGUAAAGAAUGGGCCAGUAAAUUAGCAGAAUUACCAGAGCCUCCAAUAUCAGGAUCAUCUGAUGUAGUUGGUAUCGAUCAUGAAGACGAUAAGUUAAGUGAGCAUUCCGCUGCACUUUUAUCUUUAUAUGAUGAGAUUUUCAACUCAGAACCUUCCAAACUUGAAGAAUUCCUCAAAGUUAUUGCAUUUAAGGAGAAUGUAGUAAUGCAGGAAGAUAGUAUCACUUCAAAAUUCUUCUUGAAUGCCGUUUCGAAGAGAUUCAGAGACGUGGAAGGUUUUGCAAAGAGACAAACCAAGGAAAACAAGGCUAAGGAUCAAGAGAUUCAUAAAUUAAUUAACCGUCUCAAUUCAAAGAUUUCGAUGAACGACUUCCACGUCAACGAUUUGGUAUUGUUUUUACCCACUAGAAUUGACGUUGAGGGCGAGGAGUCGAAUCCAUCGUCCCAGCCAUGGGCAGCAUUUAAUAUUGGAGCUCCCCAUUACUUCUUAAACAUGGAAAGCAGCAAAGAAAUGGAGAAAGAUUGGAUGGUAGGGAGGAUCAAAAGGAUUAACGACCACAAGGUGACGGAGGAGAAUUUUGAAAGCGAAGUUGAUAAUCCAUUCAAACUAAGCGUUGGUGUGGUGUGGUACUUGGUGGAAGCUACGGAG